AUGAAGGAUUACAGCAUCUUGAAAAAGCGCCAGUUGUGGGCUUCCAUAAAGGGAGUCGCCAAUUUCGUCAGAGACUAUAAGCCAGAGCUGCAUGAGAGCCAAGUUGAAGUCACAUUGAGUCUGUUAGAGUCGACAAUCAAGAAAUACUACCUGGAUGCAAAGGAGUCAGAGGCUGCCAAGAAAUGGAAAUUGCAGAAGCAGGCUGCGGAGCGCGAAGCCAAAUUCGACGAGGAAACUCUGGAGGUCGAAGAGCAGUACUGCACCCUGAAAGCAACACUCUUUGCGUUGCGUCCGAGGAAGGUUGAGGUCUUGAGUGUGUCUGGGCCUGCAGAAAGAGCUGAUACAAUCUUCCGUGUCAAGCUGCCAGUUUUCAAUGGAAAACUCCGGGACUGGAUACCGUUCCGAGAUAUGUUAGACAGCUUCAUCCACAACAACCGUCAGCUCUCCGAUAUCGAUAAGUUUACUUAUCUGCGGUCAGCGAUAAACGGAGAAGCGCUCCAGGAGAUCAGCUCCAUUGAACUAUCUGCUGAUAACUACCAGGUAGCCUGCGACAUGUUGGAGAAGAGUAAUCUUAUCAGCCGCUUUGGAAGCAUUGCUCUUUUGAUUGAUGGUGUAUUCGGCAACGGAAGUGCCGCGCGGUUUCAGGUUUAG